GACCGCGAACCUGGCGAUCUGCGACACCUUGCUGGAUCGAUCUGCAAGCUGCAGCAACACCCUGCGCCUUGCUCGCUCACCCCCGCCGGCUUGCGCGGCGGCCAAUCCGCUGCACCGCCCUUCUUGACUUUGUUGAGCUGAACCUCUCGUAGAAGCCCUCCUACGUCUAGGCCCGAGAUGUAUGAUUGACGUAGCACCUCGAAACUUUGCGCGUCGGACCAACAAUCCCAAAAUGUUGAGGUCGGACGCAACGACACGCCGACUGGCGCCUCGUCGCGUCUCAGGGAGCGGCGCGAGUGCGAUCACAGCACCUUCCUCGGGCUCACGCCUGUGGUCCUUACUGGUCCCCCUAGCCCAAGCAGAAACAGUUCCGUCGAGACCCUUUUAAAGCUGAGGCAGCCUCAUCCCUUCAGUCACUAUUCAAACACCAAGGGCGGGCAAUCUGCAGCCAAUUUCUCGUACCGUUGCGUUUCCUGGUCAUUCAGCGCGCAGCCGCCUGCUCGUGUCAGAAAGCGCGUAUCACCCGCUGCUUCGCUCGAGCGGAUUCUAGCCACCGGCGCUCGGGAAACAUGGCCGCUACUGUAUCGCGAUCUCUGCUUUUAAUUGUUUGUGCUGCGGCUCUCCUGGCUACCGUCCUGGGAGACCACCAAACCUCAAGCACGUACGUUGCGAUUCUGCUGGGAGCCAACGAGGUUCCCAAGAACGACUCCAACGCUGCCAAGAACGCUGUGGGCGACCCGCAAGGCAUCGGCUACCUGCAGCUCACCAUCUACAAGGAUAGCGACGGCCCUAAGUGGGCCAAGUACGAGGUGAACGUGCACCGCCUUCAGGGCGAGAUGCCGCCCACCAAGACGCACGUGCACACGGGGAAGAAGGGCAAGAAUGGGGACGUGCUCCUGGACCUGCCGUGCGCGUAUGCCAAGAAGGGAGAGGGUUACUGGCGGUGCAAGGGAAGCCUGGGCAAGAGCAAGAGCGACCGCACGGACGCGCUCAUUUCUGCUCUGGGCAUGAUCUACAAGCGCCCGUCCAACUACUACGGCAACAUCCACACCAAGCGGUUCCCAGACGGUGCUAUUCGUGGCCAGCUGCCUAAGCUGUAGACAAGGGUUGUAGGGCGGUUGGAGGAAUUGCAACUGCUUUGGGAUCGAUUUGGGAGAUGCUGUGCCGUGAUGCACUAGGGCAAUGGCCAUCGGCUGGCCGUCGGAGGAACUGACUAAUGGCAUAUCAGAGGAGUUUUUGUCCUUUGUUUGGCUUCUGGAUGAAUUAUGGUUAAAUUUGUGGUGCCCUUUUGAAUUAUUUGGCUAUGG